CUCAUUUCAGGUAAAUAAAAGUCAACAAUGAUGCUGUGUAUAAAAUGAUCAAUAGAGUGGAAUGAUAUUACAACAACAGCAAUGUAGGAACUGAAAUAACCCUCAUCAUAAAGUGACAAAAAGCAACAACAAUUAUUUUUACAGAAGAAGAUGAAAAAUUAAGACACUUGGAACAUCAGUUUUUUUUAUAUGAAAAAUUUCAAGUCUGAAGAAAUAGUAAUUACGUGUAACUUUUGAUUAAACUGACCUACUUAAUUUAUGCCAUUUUGCAAAGAAUAGAAAAGCCCUAACAAACACAAAAAAAAAAACGCAAUUUGUUUUAUUAUGAAUAGGAUAUAUAGUUACCUACCGUAGAUUAAUACGCUAGUGACUGUGUCCUAUAUGCUUCUAUUAAACAGUUUGUUUGACAUCAAAAGGAGGUAAAGUUGAAAAGAAAAUCUUGCUAGAAGAAAAGUAAAACAGUGAUAAAUUUGAUACAGGGCACACACAUGCUGUAAAGAAUUUUUGUGAUAUCAUAAUCCGAACUACUUAGAUGUUGCUAUAUAAUGGUCAUCAGGGGGGGUUGAAGUCAAGUAUUAAAAUAGAAAAAUUCUUUUGAUAAAGUUUGAAAAAAAAUUGACUAUUGAAAAAAAAUUGAAAAUAACACAAAAAAAUCAACUCAAAAGCUGAUGCAUUUAUAAACAAUGUAGAAAAGAUAUAUUGGAAGGAAAUACGGGGGAUAUCUGACGGAGUGUUAAAGGGCUUGAAGUGUGAUAUGACGGUUAUCUUGUCGGGAUAUAUAAUUUGCAUAUUAUGACGUUGGUUGGCUGAUAGUGGAAUUGAUAACAGCAUUAUAGUACAUGUGUUUAUACAGCUUCGAGAUUGAUGAAAAUGUUUGGAAGUAAUUUUUGAAGAGAAAAAAAAGGGGUACGUCAUAACAACAAAAAGGACUGAGACGGACCGUUGUUUACGUCUUCGUUAAAGUAUUUCCGUGAAAGUGUGGGAAGGAAAUAAUUGUCGGAGAUAUAUAAGAUUUGUGUUAAGUUUUGUAAAGGCUGUCGAUUUAUUUAUUUUAUUUCAAAGUUUUGUGCACAUAUUUUCUCCAUGGAAUAAUCUGUGCGAGCCGAUUGUAUAAUACUGUUGUAUUGUAUUGUGUAAUAUCUUGUGUUUUUUUUUUAUGCGCGACUUUGUAAAUUAUAACCCUAUCACUGUAAUGCAAGGUGUUCUAUGAAAAAAGAAGUGUUGUAUUUAAGGGAUUUGUGACAUUAUUUUUAUUCAAUAAAAAGGUGAGAAAAAAAAAAUCAAAAUGGCAAGUGUGAAGUUAUUAUAUCAUUCAGAUGUUGGAUAAAAGUGUGCGAGAUUCUGAAAAGCCCGCGAUAUUCACUGUUCUUGGAUGUAUUAGUAUAUUUCAAAGGUGUAAAAUUUGUGUGAAUUAAUCAAUAAAUUGGAAAUCAAUCAAAAAUUUACUUAAAGAUACAGUUAAGGAUUUACUAAUGGAGUUACAGCAAACUCUGUAUUCAGGAAUUAAGUGGAAUUAACAUACGAAGUCAGAAGAUUUACAUACAAACAAUGGAAAUGGCGGGGAAAGAUCCAGAUAAACAAGAACUGCUGGACUCUAUCCAGGCAGAUUUAAAGAAAGGUCUCAAACUUGGUAACAAGAAUGUGCAGAAACUAUCAUACUCACAGCUUCAAAGAUCUCAGGGAAUUAGAAUCAAGAUGGAGUACAACGAAGAAAAAAGGACAAUACACAUGCCGAGGCCGCUCAUGUUUGAGCAGAUACGUGACAAGGUGGAACAGAUGUACUCUUCUUCUCUUAGUAUCUUCUUUACUCAAGCCAAUGGCGAGGUUUAUAUUCCAAUAAAAUGCCAGACAGACUUGGGCACUGCAAAAAACCUGGUGGACAAGGGAAAGAUUAAAAUGACCCGUCCCACAAUGUUUACGAAUCGUGAGUCACCUAGUCCACCUCCAGGAUCAUUACCAGAACAUGAGAGGUCAUAUAACCAUAGUCUUUCUUGUAGUUCUAUCAACAGCGAAGGAGAAUUCAUUCCAGAAAAAGAUGCACCAGGUUCUAUAUCGGACAGUUUGUCUUCCCUCGACAGCAGUUACGUGAGCAGUCAUGGUGACACAUAUCCCAUGAUAAGAAAUCGUCGUGACUCAAGAAGAAGUAUCCUCUCUGAUGGUGCCAAAGAUGAAUAUGAUGGUAGAGGGAGUCGGUUUGGAACAUACCCACGAGGUUUUGACUCGGGAACUCAUUCUGCCAAUGUUGAAGGUCAUGGUACGUUUCCAAGGUCAAACAUUGUACAGCAUCGGCGACCGGAACUUACAACAACGUCUCUACGAUCUCUCAUGUCAACGAGAGGAAGUGAGGGAACGUUAAGUACCAGUUCAAGUAGUUCCGGUUUCCCGCCUGAUCCGGAAGAUUCACCGGAAGGUCGGAUAUUUAAACGUAACAGCAAUGAUGGUAGUCCAAUUUUUCAUCCAGCAUUUUCAAAAUCACCUACAUGUCCUUCAAAUUGGAAACAAGGUCAGAGGUUAGGGAGCGGGGCAUUUGGUGAAGUAUUUAUUUGUUUUGAUCAUGACACUGGAAGAGAACUGGCUGUAAAGAUGGUGAAACUUCAUGGUCAAAAUGCAGAAGUUUCAAAGGAAGCACGAGCGUUAGAAAAUGAGAUUAUUUUGUUAAGAAACUUUCAACAUGAGCGAAUUGUUCAAUAUUUUGGUUGUUCAGUGGAUAGAAGUGAGAUCUGUAUAUUUAUGGAAUUUAUGCCUGGUGGAUCAAUAUUUGACAUAAUGAACAAGUAUGGUGCACUAUCAGAACCAGUAGCAGCUAGAUAUACUAGACAAGUUCUAGAAGGCCUUGCUUACUUACAUAGAAAUGUGAUAGUUCAUAGGGAUAUAAAAGGUGCUAAUGUGUUACGAGAUAACUCUGGUAAUGUGAAGUUAGCAGAUUUUGGAACAAGUAAACGGUUACAAACUAUAUGUAGCGUAUCGGGACUAAAAUCAAUUAUAGGGACACCGUACUGGAUGGCUCCCGAAGUUAUCAACGGUGAGACGUACGGACGGAAAGCAGAUGUCUGGAGUGUGGGAUGUACUGUUGUAGAGAUGCUGACUAAAAAACCACCGUGGGCUGAUCUCGAAACAAUGGCAGCCAUUUAUAAAAUAGCAACAACUGAAUUUCCAAGAUUUACUCUUCCCAACGGUUUAUCAUCGCAUACGGAUGACUUUUUAAGAUUGUCCUUCAGACGUAGUCCGCAGGAACGACCUACGGCUGAAGAUUUGUUACUGCAUCCGUUUGUAAAUAGAUGACAUUGAAUCUAUAGAAUGUUUAUUUUAAUUUGAUAAUUGGAUGGGUCGUUGAUAAGGGGCAUUUUGUUGGGGGAGUGUUACAGUAAGAUGAUUUGGGUAUAAAUUUUACGAGGGAAGAGUCUUUCAGGAUGAUGAUUACAGUGUAUAUUGUAUACUCAAAAAAAUAAAAACUGUGUUCAACAUAGAGAUAAAAUAUGUUACCAUAGCUACAGUAUAGGAGAUAUACAGAGAUUUGUUAUUAUUUUGUUAAAGUUUGUGUUAAUGAUACUGUUAUACUAUGAGGCGGAAGAAAGUGAACUUCACAUGUGAUAGCUCUGUUGAUGGAGGCGGAGACAAAAGUGGGUGGAGUGAAGGGGGCGGAGUUAGUUGGCGUUUCCUGCUAAGCAGAUGAUGAAUACUUACAUGCAUUUUUAAUCAGUAAAAAUUUAUCUGUAGAUUAUAUAUGAAGAUACUUAUGUUUGUUAAGUUAUGUGAUUAAAAUACCCAAGUGCCUGAUUGGUUAAUUCUGAGCAUAUAUUAGAUGUUGACCAAUGAAAACCUUGCAUUUGAAUAGCGGAUCUCUUGGCGUAAUAUAUUAAUUAUAUCUUUGUCCCUAAUAUUCUGAAAUUAUUAGCUUGCCUUCACAUUUUAACAAAGUUUAAGGAACAUGUUUUGAUCAAAGGACACUAUCUUAAUCAAACUUUAACAUAGAAACGUUUGUUUGUGAUGCAGUUAAAAAAGGGAAAUAAUUGUCUAGGGGAAGUAAUCAAAAAAGGUGAAAAUAUGUUGCAAAGGGAGAUAAUCAAAAAUGUAAUAAUGUGAAUGUGUGGGACUUUGAUUCCAGAAAAAUGUUGUUUUUAUACUGGCCUAGAUAAUAAUUUUUUUUACUGUUUAUUGUUAAAUUUCUUUGUCCAAUCAUAGUUCAUUACAUGAAUUAAUCAUUUUAUUGUCAAGCAAUUACUGAUGUUAAUAGAAAAAUAUGUUAUAGGCAAAGAUAAGUGUCAGAUUUAAGAAGAAACAAAUUGAUUUCUUCCAUUAUGAAUAUUCCUCUUUCUCCUUUUAUUUUUCUUUAAAAAAUAUAUAUUUCAUUUAAUAAUGUGCCUUUUCAUUUAUUUGUGCCAACAAUUUGUAGCAUGGAAAGAUUAUUCUGUCACAUUUUACACUAUAUUGUUCUCAAACCUACAGACUUAUCUUUUAACUGGAAUUAUGUUUUUUCCCCUUUAAAAUUUGUCUCUAUAAAUGAAAUUUUUUUUAUUAAUAAUUUUCAUUGUUUUUUUUAUUCUCUGCUAAAUUCAACAGUUUAAUAAUAAGUAAUAAUGAUACAAAUUAAUUUCAUUAGUCGUUACCCAAAAAAGAACUGCAGCUAUGUUUUAAAAAUACAUAAGGUUAAAGACUGUUACUCUUCCGGUGUUUUUGUAAUUCAAAAUUGGUGUGACACAUAUUAUUAUAGUUUAAUCUUUUACAAAAUAGUAUUAAUUUCUUUGUUUCAAUAAAAAAAGGCUUUAAAAGAUGUUAUAAGGAACUCGGCAAAUAAGCGUUUUUCUCAACUAAUACCAUGGUGCAAACAAACUUUUACCUUCAAAGCUUCAUGGUGUAUUAGCGUUCACAUUACAGUUAUCAAAUUGUUGUCGAUAUAUAUCGCAAACAGUGAUUUUAUCGCUCAGUAAGUAGCCCGAGUAAUAUAAUGAUGCGCAUCCAAAUGACAAACAGUGAUAAGGGAUACAAUCACCGAUUUGGAUAUAUAUUUUCAAUGUAACAUAACUUAAACAAAUAAAUGCUGCCGUACCUGAUAUUAAGCAAAAUUGCGCCUGAUUUGUUUCUGUACUUAUUUUCAGCACAUUUUAUAUUCAGUGGUUACAUCAUUAUUAUGUAUAAUGAUUACGUCACAAGUCUAUAUAUAGAACAUCAACAAUGAUUUUAUUGCAUAAUAACCUACUCUUUUGGUUAGGGAAAAAUGCGGGUCAUGUUAGAGUUAACAAGUUGUAACUGUAAAAAUGUAAUUAGAUAGAAAAAUGCGCAAAUUUGCCGAGUGUCGGACUAUCUUUGUUUUAGAGACCCCGAUGACUGAUUUGUACUACAUAUAGAUUUUAUGUUUCAUAUGGACGAGAUAGGGUCACUCUUAGACAUGUUUCUAUGGUUUCAUACCUUCUGCCUAAGAAGUUAAAGUAUUGAAACAUUACAUAGAAUUUUUUCAAGCUUUUUCGUAUUGUAGACCCACGUCACAUAAAAUUCUAUAUGUUGCAUAUCACAAACAUUUUAUUUGACAGACUUAAAUCAGCCGGAAAUGUAGAUAAAAGCGACAUGCCUCAAGAUUAGUGAAUUAAAAAUAUGGUUUUUAAGGAAAAUUUGAAAGAAAAAAAUUCUUUUUUUAACACUAAUAAAAUAAUUUUUGCUUAUUUAGACACAAUAGAAAGGAAAACUUACAGUGGAAGUGUAUAAAGCUUACUUAAAUUACUAUAAAUUUGACAAUAUUUUAAUGCCUCCACUUCUAAUGGUUAGAAUAGCCCUUGCUCAUUGGGGAUGCUAUAUUACUGUCAGCCUGUAGAAGUUCAAAACAGUGGAAUAUGUGGGUCGCCAUGGCUAUGGACAUAUUUCUAGUCUCUAUUUAGAACACUUCCUAAAUUUUUUAUUAAAUUUAAAAUUUGGUGUCAAUCUUGAGGUAUGCAGCUUUAAAAACAAUUUUGUUGGUAGAUUAUCGGUCUUCAUUGGUAGAAUAUAUGUCUAAUUAACAUCUUGUUUAAUGAAGCUUUACAUUUAAUUACAUUGUUCAUUUAAAACAGUGAAAAAUGAUGCCUGUAGAACAUCUCGAGUAAAACAUCAUUUACAGUUGAAUGUUAACAUUAAAAUAAGAUUAAUUUGAACAAACAUUUUCAAUUAAGAUUUUUUGUUUUGUUUCAAUUAAUUGUUGUUAUUACAAUGUUGAUUUACCAACAGUAUGGAAACAGCUUAAAGUUAACUUGAUGUAAGAUUUUAAGAUUUGCAUGAACUUUUCAAUCAUUAAGAUAUUUGAAUUAAUUUAGGGAAUGCAUUUCAUAUUUUUGGGGGUUUUUUUAGGUGAUAUUUAAUUUGGAAUAUUGUAUGGUUAUGAGGUCAGUUGAUAAGUAAUAUAAUAAUAAAAGUUGUGACUGUUUAUGAUAAAAUAAGAAAUUAUCUGAUUUAGAACAACUAACUGUGCAGUGUAGAAUACAGUAAAAACUCUGAAAAGCGGACCCUCUGAAAACUAGAAUCCUCCGAAUACUGGAGCCUCUGAAAACCCGACAAUUUUAAAAGUCAUGUAUUUCCUCAUUAUAAAUUCAUUGAAAUAUAAACCUCUGAAAACCGGAAUCCUCUGAAAACCAGACUUUUCGUUGAGUGGGGAUAGAGUCCGGUUUUCAGAGUUUUUACUGUAACACAGCACUAACAUGGUUACAUUUUUUCCAUUUAAAAAUAUGUUAAUCAAUGCAGUCCGACCUGGUCUUGAGGUUAUGAAACAUUUUUUUUUGUGAGAUCUGACUUGGAUCUCGGGAUUUUCAUUGGUCAGUGCAAAUUCUGUGCAGGUGUCUGACCAAUCAAAUACCUAAGGAAUGAGUUUUGAAAUUAAAAAAAAAAAUUCUUAACCUCUGGUCAAGGCUCUAAAUUGAUGAUGGUCUUUUCCGAUAAAAUGAAAGGUAGAAAAACUCAUUUGAGAAACUUGGUAAAAUAAUUGAUAGUGUCACAUUCACAAGCCAUUGAAACAUGAAAAUUUUGUUUUUUCUUAUAAUGUCUAAAGGAUAUUAAUUUUUGGUGCAAUUUUUCUUUAUAUAUGAAUAUUUUCUUUUUUCCAAAAGCCUCUGGACAACGUUUUUUCUUUCUAUAGUUUUAUUUUAUACAUUUUUAUAUAUGAAACUGAAAGCGUCUUUAAAAAUACAUUACACCAACUAAAACCGUCGUAAUUUGUAUCUCCCAUUUGCCAAAAUUUAAGAGUAAAAUCUAUGCAAUUUUAUACAGAACCCUUUUGUACUAUUUCAUGUUUAUAUUUUGUCAUAAAUAUGUAGUUUUUAAACUUCUGACAAUAUUGUCAGUAUAGAUUUUCUGACAAUUUUUAUCUAUUUUUAUCUGGCAUUGUCAGUGCAUUAUUUAUCCAAUCAUGAUUUUGAAUUCAGUGAUGUGAUUCAUUUGUCAGAAAAAGUAUUUUUGUCAUGGUUAGGCCAAACUCUUGUAAUAUUACAUUUGUCAAAAUUUUCCAAGUUUGUUAGGAAUAAUGGAGAAUUUGCUUUGUCAUAUGGUAUAAAUUAAUUAGAUUUUUUUUAAAGUUAAACUUAAGUUAAUGCAUUUUGUAUGUCUCAAUGCUGAUGUCAGAAAUCAUGUGGAAUUAGUUGUUAACGUCACUUGCAGAAUAAUCAAUCAUUGCUGGUUUGUUAUUCAGGAAAGCAGGUUAGGUGGUUGGACUGCCAAGCUAUGACAUAAAAAUGUAUAAAAGAAAAAUCGGCUUACAAAACCAGACAAAGAAGCAUUGAUAUAAAAAAAAAGAUUUCAUUGAAUCUGGAUUAACUAAAUAAUCAAACUUUUGGGAGUUUCAAUGGUGACAGUUUAACAGACAAUACAGACAAUACAAAAUGUCACCAUGUUGGACAGCUCUAAAAUCUCACAUUUAAACUGCAUUUUCUAUAUUUGUAGGUACAUGAUUAUCUGUAGGAAAAUACUGUAUAUUUUUAUUUAAAGCAGCAUGCCUCCAGAUUCAUGCUAAUUUUUCAUGAAAAUUUUGAAAAUGUAUUUAAAGGUAAAAUAUUCUGCAGUGAACAAAGAAAGUAAUUUACACAUUGCAAAUUUCACAAUCAUUCCACAUAAAUUACCAAAAAGAGGUCAAAAUGUAUACAUAAAUGCCUCUUACUGCCUUAGUAACGCAGUAGAAUUAUAGUGCUUGAUACUGCAAAAUCAGUCAUUAAUUGCACAUAACAUGUAAAACAUUAAUUAAAUAUUGAAUCUUUUUACUUUUCUAAAGAUCUUGGUUCAUUUUUCUAAAAAUUGAAUUUCUUGAAAUAUUUUGGCUCAUCUGAAGGCGUGCAGCUUUAAUAGUAAGAAAGAAUGUGCAAUUGAAUCUUGCAGUCUUGUUUUUCUUUAUCUGUUAAGUAUUUCAAUGUCUGUUAGUUAUGCAAUUUCUUGUUUUGUUUUAGUGAACAGAGAUUUUAUUGAAUGUUUGAAAAUUGGGGAAUUACGCUUUGGUAUUGUUUGUUUUAAUAUAUCGACAGAUCUGUUUUUUUAGAAUAAGCCUAUUGUAUGUUAGAAUAUUAUUAUGUGUAAUAGAACACUUGUUAGGUCCGAACAAACUUAUCACCGAUGUAUUGCGAGGAAAAACUGAAAUAAGUUUUCAUAUUCAUUGUACAUAUACUGGUUUCUAAUUCAGAAACACAUAAUUAUGUAUAAUCAAAACAGAUGUGCUAUUUUGUGAUCAUGUGAUAUCUUUAUAUAGAAUAUUAUACUAUGUGUGAUCAUGUGAUAUCUAUAUAUAGAAUAUACUGCGUGAUCAUGUGAUAUCUAUAUAUAGAAUAUAAUAUUGUGUGCGAUUUAACCAUGACCACGGUUCCCCAGCACACACCUUUUGGCACAGUCGGUGCUUGGCUUCAAAUCCGGUGUUCUGUUUCCAUUUCUGAUUUUCAGGCUGUCAAGUAGGCCCUUCUUUGUUUUUUUUUUCAAAAAUGCCUUGCCUUACAAAGGCUUUAUCUAGUACUUAUUGUUUUGUCCUUUAGAUUCUUAUACAAACAUUGUAGACUGACGCUGUUUCAGUUGAAUGUAUUUACAAGCAUUACUCCUUUAGGUCCAGGCUUUUUAUAAUAAAAAAUGUAUCCAUAUAUAUAUAUAAUAUUUAAUAAAAGUACAGUAAAAACUCCCUACUGCGACCACUGAAGGGACUAUGCAGAUCUGGUCUUAAUAACGGAUUGGUCUCAUUAAUGAGUUUGGUCAGUUUAAUCAAGUAAUUUUGAAAAAUGUCUUUUAACAACAAAACACACUGACGGAUUUAACCUUUCAUUAUUUUGCAGUUUUCAUUGCUGGUUACAACUUCAGUAACUUUAAGUCUUGAAAUCUGGGUGGUCGCAAAGCGGGUUUUUACUGUAUGUUGAAAAUAUUAAUUAUGCCACUGUUAUAAAAAAAACACCCUUGUUCUCCCACUCUAAUUUAGUUAUCAAAAAACAUCACAGAAUUUAUUCACUGUCUGAAUUUCAUGAAAAUUAGCAUGAAUGAGAACAUGCUGCUUUAGUGGCAUUACUUAAAAGUCUGGCGAUUACGUUAGUGUAACCUUGGAAAUAGUGACACAUAUAAGUAAUUUCGAUCAUUUUCAUCAAACAUUUUCCAAAAUGAAAACUGAUGUUUGGCCAAAGGUCUGUAAUAGUCUUUAUUUUCCAAUUUAAUACCUUGCUGAAAAUUGUGUGCAUUUUUUAUUAAAAAAAGUUUCAUAUGAUUUAAAAUUUUAACAAAACAAAAUUUCAUAUAAUUAGAUUUUUAAUUGCCAACAGACAAUUUCAGGUUAUAUUUAGAAGCUCAGUAAUAUUAUCUUGAUGGGAUUUUCAUUUUACAUAAAAGCGAUCUUGAAUCAGUUUUAAAGGGGUGUAUCUAUGGCCAAGUGGUUAAGGGUAUUGACUUUAAACGAUUUGCCCCUCAAAUCCCUCCAGGGACCUUGCAUUCUUUAAUGUGAGGGAUUCUAUCAAGAUAAUUUAUUGAUGUGGUUCUAUUCAGAUGGCCCAUUCAUGUCUGAAAUAAAGCCUGGAAGAACACCCAAGGUCUUUCUCCACUAGUUGAACUGGAAAGCCACCCUGUGACAUUAACAUUGAAUGUCAUAGAAUAUAUUUUGUGUCUGGUCUGUAACUUUUUCAUCCAUCAAGUGAUAUUGAGAAAACUGACCCCUACAUCCAAGGUCAAAUUAACCCAGACGCCUACAUCCAAGGUCAAAUUAACACACACCCCUACAUCCAAGGUCAAAUUAACAAUAUUAGGUCAAAGGUUAACAUGGUCUGUAUUUUCUUUUAAGUCCUCUCCAUUUAUGUACUUUAACUUUCAGAGAUGAUAAAAACUGAGGAGUUAUUUCAUUAUAUAUUUCAAUUUGAUUUACUAAAAAAGUACAUGGUUCUUUUACUUAUCGCAAUGCUCAUUAUGGCCAUUUAUUGCACAGAUUCAGUGUAACUAUUGCACAAUUCCUGCAAUACACGCUAUAUACACUGAAUUUAUACACUGAAUUUAUGCGAAUAAACUUGAGAAUAUCAAAUGGAAAUGGCACACACCUGAUUUGAAGGCAGGCACCAAAAUGUGCCAAAGGUGCGUGUUGAGUAAACUAUGCAGAUGUCGAAAAGAUAUUGAAAAUAUGCUAUUAAUAUUGAAAAUAAAAUAUUUGAAGUAAACCAA